GCGCUCUCGACAUUGCCGCGCACGCCGCUUGUCCCCCGGAUCUUGCCUCCCCAACCCCCUCCCUCCUGCCUCGCACUCUCCUCACACCAAUCACCUCUCAUCGUCAUGCCUGCCGCUGUGCUGUGUGCAUAUAGCUCCCACACACAUCUCCUCGCCCCAUCGCCAUGAUAUAGAUAUAUACACGCGUGAUGCCCACGCAGCGCCCAUGAUUGAUUAGGUUAGUCGCGCGCUGUGAAACUGCUAUAGGAGCUCCAUCGUCCGUUGUUAUCCGGCCUCUUUCUCAAACACACAUCGCCCUUGCCAACAUCCUUUCCAGCUUCCUGGAGCAGUGCCCUUCAUAUAAAAGCACAGCGGCGGGCGCCAGACAGAGAUCUCUCUAUCUCGCUGUUCCGGCAGAGCUUGACGACACCCCUCCUGUGCUCUGUGUGUGUUUAUAUAUAUGGGUUCUUGGGUGCGCACCAUCACAACGCCCUUCAGGAAAGCCUGCACCAUCUUCGGUCCACAGAAUAAGGACGGCGGCAAGAAGACGCAGCAACCAGACUCAGCGAUGGCGCAGCACGUCGUCGACGCCGAGAGGGCCAAGCUGCACGGGGAGGUGAUGGCGUGCGCCUACGAAGACGUGCAGGUCAUGUGGUCCAUGCUCGACCAGGCAAGGAUUCGGGAUCUCAGUGGCAGCUCGUGACCGCCGCCAAUUGUCCGUUCAUGCAUUUUCCUAGAGCCGCAAAAGUGGAGAUGCAGACAUGGAGUACAUAUAUAGCAAAAUAUCUUCUCCUCACCAAACAUUCCCAAACCACUUGCUUUCUUGGGCCUUGAAUUGAAAAGCUGAUCGAUCAUCCAAGCUAUUGCUAGCUAUUUGCGCCGAUCAAUCGAGCCCGGAACUAGCUAAGUGCCCAUUUUGUACGUAGCUAGAUUUAUUUAGCUUUUCUUUUGGAGGUUGCAGCUCAGUUGAGAGUUUGAAUCCCCACUAGCACUCUUCUCCUUUGAGGUGCUUGAUUGGAGAGAUGUACAUUGCCACCCAGUGGGAUCUUGAUUGUUGCAAUCCUUUCCUUGUCUUUUUCA